AUUACCCGAAUCUCACGGGGAUACCCGAACCCCGUUGAAUAUGAGUUUUGGGUUUUAGUUUUCAUCCCGUUAAGAAUUGAGACGGGUUCGGAGAUAUCCGAACUUUAUGGAUUCUCUUGAACAAGGAUUGAAAAUUGAAAUCCCUUAACUCACCUCAUUCAUUCUGUCUUUCACAUCACAUAUUCGUAUCAUUCAUUCAAUCCCUACAAUGGCUAAUGUUUUGAAGGGUGGUACUGUUGUUAUGCUCUCUUUUCUCUCUUCACGCACCACAAUACUCUCACGAACAACAACAACAACCCAUUGCUCAUUUCUUCCCAAGUUCCCUUUUUUCUCACUCUCAUCUUCCUCACGCUCAAAAACCCCAUCUGGGUUCCCUUCAUUUUGCACUCUUUCUUCUGAGCCAGUCACCGAAGCCAUAGCUGUUGAAACCAAUAACAAUGGUGAAAAUGACAACAAGAGUAGUAUUAAGGAUGUUGCUGGGUUGCUUGACAUAAGGGUUGGUCAGAUUGUGAAGGCAUGGAAACAUGAUGAAGCUGAAUCACUUUAUGUGGAAGAAGUUGAUAUUGGUGAGCCUGAACCUAGAAUUAUAUGCAGUGGCCUUGUUAAUUACAUCCCUCUUGAAAAUCUUCAGGGAAAAAAAGUUAUUGUUCUUUCAAAUCUGAAGCCAAGAAAUAUGCGUGGUGUUAAGUCUAGUGGAAUGUUGAUGGCUGCUUCUGAUUCAAAGCAUGAGAAUGUUGAACUUCUGUUCCCUCCCGAGGAAGCAACUCCUGGAGAAAGAAUAUGGUUUGGAUCUGAAGAUGAAAAGGAUAAUCAACCUGAUGCUGCCACUCCGAAUCAGAUACAAAAGAAAAAGAUAUGGGAAUUGGUGCAACCUCAUCUUAAAACAGAUGUUUCAUGUACCGCGAUGCUAGGUGAGCAUGUCAUGCGUACAUCUGCAGGUUCGGUGACAAGCCAGUCUUUGCAGAACGCCAAUAUCUCCUGACCUACACUCAGAUUCUCAGUUUACACACCAGAAUAGGCACUACCUAUCUGUAUGCAAUUCUUCUUUUUUGGGCUCAUGUAUGAACAUUUGUCAUGGCAUAGAUAUUUGUUUUUUAGUAGUUUCACUUGGAAAAAAUGAUUUCAGCAUAGCAUAGAUAUUUUUGUCAUGGCGGUAAAUGGUUUUACAUUUAUUUUCUAUGGAAUGAUGCAAUAAUUUUUUUACACUGA